AUGGUUACCUUCUCGACCCUUCUUGCUGCUGCCAGCGCCGUAGCCGGCACCCUGGCCGCCCCUGGCGCCAUGCCAGGCGUGGAGAGACGCCAGACUCUGACCACCAGUCAGACGGGUACUCACAACGGCUACUACUACUCGUUCUGGACGGAUGGGGCCGGCAGCGUCAGCUACACCAACGAAGCGGGCGGACAGUACACGGCAAAGUGGUCAGGCAACGGCAACUGGGUCGGCGGCAAGGGAUGGAAUCCCGGUACCGCGAGAACAAUCAACUACACGGGCACAUACCAGCCCAACGGCAACUCGUACCUGGCCGUGUAUGGGUGGACCAAGAGCCCGCUGGUCGAGUACUACGUGGUGGAGAACUUUGGCACAUAUAACCCGUCGACGGGAGCGACGCAGCUCGGCAGCGUGACAACGGACGGCGGCACGUACAACAUCUACAAGACGGUGCGCGUCAACCAGCCGUCAAUCGUUGGCACGGCCACGUUCGACCAGUACUGGUCCGUUCGUGUCUCCAAACGUACUGGCGGCACCGUCACGAUGGCCAACCACUUCAACGCUUGGGCUGCAGCCGGCCUCAAGCUCGGCACUCACGACUACCAGAUUGUCGCCACCGAGGGCUACUUCUCGACCGGCUCUUCCACCAUCAACGUCGGCGGCUCGACCAGCGGUGGCGGAGACACUGGCGGAGGCACUGGCGGCGGUACCGGCGGAGGAACCGGCGGAGGGGGCAGCACCACGUGCGCUGCUAAAUGGGCACAGUGUGGCGGUUCGGGCUGGUCGGGCGCGACAUGCUGCGCGUCGGGUUCAACGUGCAAAGUGUCCAACCAGUGGUAUUCUCAGUGUCUUUAA